UUUACAAUAGCAUCCCAGCUGUUUAUUGAGAGUGAUUCGGGAGCUUAUGACUUAUGAAUGAGUGAUUUAUGGAUAUAGGGAUGCGGAUGAUGUCCGAGUUAAAGUUAUAUAGCCAUAAUAUGGAGAAAUGUUAAAUAGUGUGUUGACUGAUGCAGGUAGCAAUACAAGGUCUUUCUAGUAUGGGGAUGUGAGGGUGACAUAUUUUCAUAUGGAUAACAUGUGGCAAGAUGUUGGAAAGUGCAUCUCCAGUAACCCAAGCCUUGCUGGGGACCUUACUGACAUGGGGCCUCACUGCUGCUGGGUCUGCUGUGGUGUUCCUGCUUGCUGGAACUAAGCGAAAAGUACUAGACGGCAGUCUAGGUUUUGCGGCUGGAGUCAUGACAGCUGCAUCAUUUUGGUCACUUCUGGCACCUGCCAUAGAACUUGCAGAAUCCUCAGGAAGUUAUGGUAGUGAAGGGGAAUGGGCUUUUGUACCUGUUGCAGUUGGAUUUGUUCUUGGUGCUGCCUUUGUUUAUGCUGCAGAUGUGUUCAUGAGUUCAACUGGCAGUCAUUCACCAAACUUUGCCCUUGCAAUGCAGUCAUCUGUGAAGAAGACAGAUGGAGAUGAUGCAAGAAUACCCCACAUAUCGGCAAAUAACUUCAGUAAUGCAAAUUUCAGCGAAGUAGGGCAAGGCUCCAGUUCUAAUGCUUUCACCUCUAUCAACUUCAAUGAUGUUAAACAAAGGAGAGGAGAUCCAGGAGAAAAGGCCACUCAGUCUCAGAGCAGUGUUGAUCAGGAAAGACAUGAUAAAAACUUGCAGUGGAGGAGGAUCUUACUCCUCAUUAUUGCUAUAACAGUACAUAACAUUCCAGAAGGCCUGGCAGUUGGUGUAGGCUUUGGUGCAAUUGGCAAGACUCCACUUGCAACCUUCAACAAGGCAAAAAAUCUAGCCUUAGGUAUUGGUAUUCAGAAUUUCCCUGAAGGCAUGGCAGUUAGUCUACCACUUAGAGGAGCUGGGCAUCCUGUGUGGUGGGCAUUUUGGUAUGGUCAACUAAGUGGGAUGGUUGAACCAAUAGCAGGUGUUCUUGGAGCUAUUGCAGUGUCAGUGUGUGAGCCAGUGCUACCUUAUGCUCUGGCAUUUGCAGCAGGGGCCAUGCUAUUUGUUGUAGUAGAUGACAUUAUACCAGAAGCACAAACUGGAGGGAACAGCAGACUAGCUUCAGGAUGGUACAUUAUUGGCUUCAUUGUUAUGAUGGCCCUAGAUGUUGCAUUAGGGUAAAACCAUUGUAAUUUUAUAAUAUUUCUAGUUAAAUGACAUCUACAACCCAAGGUUGUUUGUAAACAGGGAUAAUCAGACACACAAAGAUUUUUUUUCUAGAAGUGCUAAUAUUUUAUCUAUCUUUAAUAAGUAUUAGUUAUCUGAAUAAUAAGACAAAUCAUAGCCAAAAAUCUGUUCAUGGAGUAAAUUUUGGACGAAUUUAAAUCAUCAGAUGAGAAUGCUUGGAUUAUAAAGAAUGAUUAUUGGUAAAUGAGAAAUAUUGUUGUUGGGUGUUAUAUUUGAUCUAAAGUAAUUUAUGUAUGACCAAUAUUCCAUAUUUUUUUGCAUUGUUUGGUGUAUUUUUCUGAAUGUCUGUCAUGUUUUGCUUUCUCAGACAAGGUAUUAUUUUUUGUUAAGAUGAUUAGUUUUUCCUGUUUUCUUGUUUUUACAUUUUAUAAAUGUAAGGAGUUACUUUAAAAUGGGAAAAUAUUCUUGCAUAUGUAAGCUGAUUUUUUUUCCUGUGUAAUAUAUAUAUAGACUACAUAUAUCAUUAUUAUUAUUUCUCCAGUUGUUGUAUCAUACCACUAUUAGUACAAUAUUAGGAUAAAAACAAAUUGGGGAAGUAUAUUGUUUAAAGUGACUGCUUUGGUUGUGACUUGAUUAUUACAGUUAUAAGUAACAUGAUUAUUCCUCUUCAUAUUGUGAGAAUAGUCACUCUGUAAAGUAUUUUCAGUUUUGUUUUUUUUCUUAGUUAUUCAUUUGGAGUCCGGGAGAUAAGUAUCCAAUACUUGCUGCUGUCUUUAUUAUGUGAUGUUCAUGUGUGCACAAAUUUUGGAUCAUGUUUGUGGAGAUGUACAUGUGUGUUUGCAUUGGUUGUCAAAAAUGGUUCCAUUUUUGUCUCUUUGUGUCUGAUAAGUCCUCCUGUAUGCAUUACAGGUUUUUAUUACUGUAUAUUAAAUUGUACUUUGUAAUUGAGCAGGACCUAAAGUUGUUGCACAGUAUUUUAUGAUUACAAGAAGGCACUGUAAAAUAAAGCCAAUGUCAAACUGAGGGAAAAAAACAAGUGUAGUUUAUGGGUGUACCUUUGUUAUUUCUUUUUUCUAAGAAUGUGUAAAAAAAAUCAAAAUUAGAACCAUAUCACAAUCAUACCAUCCUGGAGAAUCACAAGUGUGGUAAAUGUCUUUCAGCUUCAAAUAGUAAUAAUUUUAUAAUAAUAAUUAUUAUAUUUACAUAUAUGAGUAGAGUAUUGAUAGGAUACUAAAGAAUAUUUAUUUAAUUGUUUGGUCAGUUUGUGACCUUUGAAGGUUGUUAUGGAAACUUGUUUAAACAAUGCCCAAUUGCAUUUAGUUAUGGAGUUGCUUGAAAGCUGUUCUGCUGGACAUGUAAUUUAUUACAUAAUGCUACAUUUUUCUCUCCCUUUUCUUUGAAGUCAUGGUCUUACUGAAAGCAAGUUAGUGAUACCUUUUAAUAGACAUAUAUUUAGGAGAUCUUUGUUUGUUGGUGAAGGAAAGUGCUUUGGCUGUAGAUUUUGUGUGAUUGUAUAAUUUUCAUAAUUUGAAUUUUGUUAUUAUUUAUUGUUAAUGGUCUUAUGAUAAAAAGGCACAGGGUAAUAGCUUAUUUUAUAUGUUCAAGGAGUAAAGUGGUAUAAAGCAGGAGUUAGACAAAACUGCCACCUCUGAAUAAGUGAUAUAUUAAGGAUUCUUUUGUAUGAAAACCUGAAGUCCAAGUUAUUGAUAUUCUUUGAGCAUUUACAUUUUUAAGAAUUAUGAUAUGAUGAUUAUACUUUUUAGCAUUUCAUGAUUUGCUUGAUUAGUUCUUAUCUUGAGUAAAUGAGCAUUUCAUUAUUUUGAGAAAUGUAUAUUUUUGUACUCCUUUUUCUGCUAAUAAAUCCAAGAAAAAUGCCAUGUUUAAUAAUUAUAUUAUAGAAAAAUUGGUUAGGAGUGUCACAAGACUUAAUAACAGGGGUGUCUGGUUGAUAACCAACUACGUUAACCCCUUAGAUCCGGUUGCGUCAUGGCACUCACACGACCAAUAAUCAAGGCAUUAGGCUUACAUGAACAGCUGCUCAGCUGAGUGUGUGGCUUGUAGGCUGGGCGCUCUCAACAGAACAUGAGUUUAUGGUAACAAGACUCUACGCCUCCUAUUUGCAAUUUUAUUACCUCGUUUUAUGCAUAAAUGUGUUUAGCUUUUUUGCCAUUUCCAGUGUCUAUAAUUGCCAUUUGAUUUGUAUUAUCCAGAUGGUAAUAGAAUGUUUUCUUUGCAUAGUAUCUUUCUAGGUAGUCUACAACUCGGAGAAUAAAAAUAAAAAUGUUUAACACUUUGUUAUUUGUAUGAUUUUUAUUUAUAUAUAUAUACUAGAUAUAUAUUGUCCAAUUUAAUUCAUAGCAAAUUUUCAUAAUGUUUAUACAAUAUCCUCUGUUUUUUGUUCAACAUUUUUAAAAAUAAUUUUCAAUUUUCCUUUAUUUUUUUUACCCAUGUUUAAAAAAUGCAUGAAAAUCUUGUAUCUCAGAAAACAGCUACAUUCAUUCUUUUCUGAGCUGUGUGUGGCACUGAACAUAGACUGCUUUGUUGCUAAAGGUAACUGUCUCCCUCUUCUCCUGCCAGACAUAUGAGAAUAUAAUAGAAAACACAUAUUUAGUUUAUUUUCCAGGAAUUUUAUCAAUACAUUUUUUAAUAUUUCAACUGGAUGCCCCCCUUAGGCUACUUACUGGAGGCCAAAAGAUUUUGAGUUUGUUAUAAUACCUCCUUUUUGUUUUGUAAACAUUGUGUGUAAGGCAGUUAAAUUUACUGUACUUUGUAAGCAUCUAUUAUUUGCUUUAUGAUAAUGACAAAAUUCCUUAUUACUGUUUUAUGUGUUCAUGUUAAGAAUGUGCCCAUAUAUUGAGAAGUAAAGUACUGUCUUUUGCUUUAAAAUAUUUAAAGAUCACAAGAGUGGGAUAAUUCUAUUGUAGGACUUAUUACUGCAAUGCCAAUGGAUGAUAAUUUAUACAGCAGGAUUGGAAAACUGGAAGUUGUAGGGUUGAAACUGAUAUUAAAUCCAAAGGGAAGAAUAAGGUUUAUAUAUAUAUUACCCUGGUUUUAAAACCCCUUGAUGGUGUGGACAUGACAUUCCAUAUAAUAUGAACCACCUGUGGCAUAAUAUCAAACAUAUUGUUUUAAUUAUGUAGUUUUUACAUAUUUCCCUAUGUGGAAAAUUUGCAUAUCAAAUAUAAUAUACUCCAACAGUCAUAUUUUUUAUGUGAAUGUGGUUUAGUCUCUACAUUUAUUCCAACAAACUUUUGUUUACUGGCAACAUUCAUAUGUUGUUGUUUUUUUCAUCUAAUACAUAAUCACUUGAGACAUUGUUACCUAAAUAGUAAACAAAAUAAAACUCCAGAUGUCCAGUGUUUUCAAUAACAGCAUGUAUAUUUAUGAGUACUGUAAAUAGCUUUAUAGGUACUUUGAUUUUAAUAUCUAUUUGAUGAAAGUCAGUGGUUAGUAUUAACCUCUUAAAUUUACCAAUCUAAAAAGAUACUUAAGGCUGUUGAUUAUUUCUAAAUAAGGAUUUAAUCUUGUUGAUAUAUUUUUUGGAAAAAUAAAGUUUACUUUUCAAA